GCGCAUUGUCUCCUACAUACGGAAACAGAACUUACGGAAGUGUCUGAGAACGAAUGUCAACAAAAGAGAAGGAGAAAAGCUAAACACUUCCAACAAGACGCUUUGGUGACGAUGGCGCCUGUAAUUGUGGCGAGCUGAUGGAUCUACCGACCAUAUUUUUUUCCAUAAAUUGUAUUUUAAUUCGUGUUUUAUGAGACAACGACAGUCAUUGGCUUGUUAGAAUGUCUGUUUCCCACAGCCUUUGCGUUUUAGGUGUUUUGUUUUUAUCAGUUCCUUGCACUUUGGAGCUGGCCUUAGGUGUUGUUUCAGGUCAUUGUGAUCAUUCGCCCAAAAUACUACAAUCCAGACAAGGAGAGAUUCGUAACUCUGCCCACCGUGCCUGGUCUUCCCGUCCACUCAACUGCAGUUGGUUGAUAACCUCAAAAGUUGGGGAGCGUGUCAUCAUCAGUUUUUCCCAGUUUGAAAUGAGAUGCGGGCAGGAAUGGGUGUCCGUGGUUCCUCUCACUGGCUCUCCAUCCAAAUUCUGCGGUUCCCAGCUUCCAGCACCAUUUGAGAUGUCAGGGGGAAACGUUACAGUGACACACCACUUCUUCCCUCAUUUCUACCCAGUAACAGGGUUCCAUCUUUCAUAUAUUAAAGACUCAGGUCCCUGUUUUCCAGGCGAAUUUGAAUGUUACAGUGAACGGUGUCUCCCUGCAUCGUGGCGCUGUAACGGACGGGUCGAAUGCCUUGGCGUGGGUGAUGAGCUUGGCUCUGACGAGGACGGAUGUAACGACGUUAGCCCUGAACCACCCAUAGAUGAUGUAUGUGGGGGAUACUUGGAUGCAUUUUAUGGUUCGUUUACUCCCCCUGUACAAACAGGACAUCCGGUGGAGUGUGUGUGGACGGUUGACCCCCAGGAUUCACGACCACUCAAAUUAGAGCUUCAGCAACUGGAGCUGGGUCCUCGAGACAUGAUCACAAUCACAGACCAGCCCCACGGCACAGGCAACAUCAUUAAAACAAUCAACGCUGUGUCCAAUAACAAAGCAGUGGAGGUGGAGUCCCACACCGGCUUGCUUUCGCUGAUUUACCAUAUGGAGCCUUCAAUGGAAGGGCGGGGCUUUAAUGCGACCUAUCGCAUCACAGAUUACUGCCUUCCAUGGGAAGAGCUUUGUGGAGGAUCAAUGGGAGGCUGUUACACCGCAAAGCAGCGUUGUGAUGGACACUGGGACUGUCCUGAAACAGGCCUGGAUGAGGAAGCAUGCUGGGGCUGCCCGGCUGGGCACUUCCUCUGUGGGAUGGUAGGAAUUCACCAGACAGGACGAACAGUGUGUUUCUCGAUUCAUGAUCGUUGCAACUACCAGCUUAAUUGUGCAGAUGGGACUGAUGAAAGAGAAUGUACCAUCUGUCAGCCUGGGACAUUUCACUGCGACAGUGUGUGUUUGAGAGCUGGCGCUGUGAUGGACAGGUGGACUAUUUUUGUGUUGAAUUUUUCACUUUUGCAUGUUUUCAUUUCCACAAUUCACUUUUUCUCUGUUUCCCAGUCUGCCUCACUUUCCCUGAGAGGAAUACUACAGCUCCUCAGGCAAGACAAUGCUUCCACUCUACGGCGGAGACGCAGGCCUCGGUUUGUCCGCAGAGCUGUGCGGCGCCUACGAAGAUGGGGCUUAAUUCCUCGACCUGCCCCUAGGACGACACAGACCACCGCCUCUUCCUUCCAACAGACAGAAGCUGCUAAUUCUAGCGCUGAGCCCAGCCAGUCAAGUCCUGGAGUCUCCUCAGUGGCUACAGGAGCAGCCAGUCAGUCCUUGCCUCAAAAACUGGCUUUAUCCCAACAGACAGAAACACAGCAGCAAGCGGAGGCUCCUCCUCUUCCUUCUCCCCCACCUCCUUUCCCUGUCCAGCCAAUCGAAGUCACUGAAACACAACAAACCCCACCUGUCACUGCGCCCCCAAGCAGCCCUUCCCUGGCAUCUCUCUUCCACAGUCUGGGGUGGAGAAUUUCCCGUUUCAGACCCUCCCCAUCCCCUACUUCUCUUCCUCUCUCUGCAUCCCCCUCUUUUUCCUCUUCUUCCUCUGAAGAUGAAGUGCUGCUGAUUCCUCUCUCUGAUGACACAACCUCUGAAGAUGAUGUGCCCAUGCUAACAUGAGCGUCUCGUUCUUUCUUGUCCUUUUUGGUUCUGUCUGUUCAUCUUUUUCUCGCUCUCUUGCCUUUCUCUUUUCAGCACGUGAGCGUUACCAUGUUUGCUUCUAGUGCUGGCUUGGUGCCUUAACCUGUAUUAGAGCAUCUGUUUUCCUGACCUAUGAGAAAAAGUAUUGCAUUAAUGUGUGGCAGAAAUAUUUGACAAGCGACUGUUUGCGGACAGAUGUGUUGGUUGUGCACUUAUCUAAACUGUUGAUAGGUGAACAUUUGCACAAAGAGUCUGGCUUACGAAAUGUUCCUCUGUGUGAUCCUGUGCCGCGAUGUUGGUUAAAAAGAUUGAUUUUAGUUAGAAUAGCUUUUUUUUUUUUUUCUGCAGACAUGGUUGUGUGAUGUGCAUACAUGUGAGUUUACCUCAUAGUGCUACAGGCCACAUAUUUUAUUGUGUGUGUUCCUCAGAAGUGCCUUUGAUUGAGCUUCCUGUACAUCACUAGACAGUAUGUGACUGCGUAUGUGCUUGCACGUAGGGCCAAACACACUUGCACAAACGUUUACACAUAGAUGUAGAACUCACCCUCGCUAUGUAUAUGGUAGUGCAUGGCAACUGUGGCAAUAACUUAAUAAUAAAGACACGUGUGUUGUGAGUGAGUGAGUGAGUGAGUGAGUGAUUGUGUGUGUAUGUGUUUAUGAGAGAACGAACUAGCUGAAAGUGGUAAGCCACUCAGUUUAGACAAUCCUUCUUGGGGGUUUCACUCGCACCUCCAUAUGCACCACCAACCUGAAUGACAUCACUAUAUCACAAUAACUUGAAAAUGUCUUAACAUAAUGAAAAAUUUAGAUUUCAUACUUUUCUGGCUCAGUGGACAAUAAAUGGGGAACCAGUUGUAGUGCCAUAUCUAUAGUCACAUUGUUUCAACUGCUGGUAUGAUCUAUCAUUUCACUCCUUUUACCCUGUCGAUGUUGUUUUUAAUCUAUGUAUUUUUCAGUGCCGAAAUGUUGGAACUCUCAUCUGCUGAAUGCUGAUUGCAUUAGAAAGACAGGUGGGAAUUAUCUUAAUUGAUGAUGGUAGGAUGAAUUUCACUGUAUAUAUUUGCUAAACCAGCUGGAAAAUCCACAAAGAUUAAAUUGAUU